AUGUCACUCACAGACCACCUCACCAACGACGAACUUGAUCGGGUGAUAUCACAUGUAACUUCUCAACAUGAUCUCGUGCACCUUCUCCAGGUGAAUCGCCAACUCUACUCUCUCGGGGCACCUCACUUGUAUCGCAACCUUAUCAUUUCUGCAACCAGUUCUAGGGCUGAAAUAGUCACCAUACCCGAAAAUACUACGUACAAAAGGCAAAACCAGUUUGUCACCGUCAUAAAAUCCCUAGGCGCCUAUAACGCCUUUACCCAAAGCAUGGUGCGGUCCCUCGUGCCUGGAGCCCCCCAAAAUCUCUUCCACUUGGUGCACACAGUGGUACAAGUUCAGCCAAAGGAGAUUGUCGAGCCUGACCAUGAAUCCAUCCGGGCCCUUCUCACAAGGUUUCUAUACACACAUUUACUCGCACUUCGCGACAGCUUGACAUAUUUACUGUUGAUACCUCUCCCGGAAGACACCCUCGCCAUCUACGAAAUAGGUUCUCAAUGUUAUAAGCUCAGAAAUAUUCUUAGUGGCGAGGCGAUUGAGACCGAGCCCGAGAAGUGGCAUCCGCUCCCUGAUAGUCCUCCUCCACGAUUAGAUAUCAGCAAAGUCCGAAACGUGGAAUAUUUUAAUACCUCGUAUAGAGGUAUUACCGAACUAACCGCUCACACAUUUGACUUCCAAAAGGUCAGACACUUGUCAUUGAUAGUCCCCGAUUACUUCUAUGAUCACCGGCAAGCAACGGCAGUUGCCUUUAAUUUAACAUCCCUCACGCUUGAUAUGACCUUGGCCACGGAACUUUCCUUGAGAUACCUCUUCCGCAACGGGCUUCAGUUUGGCCAAAGGUUGCAGUAUUUAAGAAUAAACUCCAGGGAAACAUUGUCCCAAAAUCAUUUUGAUGAACCACCAGCUGUCACCUAUGGGACAUUGCAGAUGUUGGCAGACAACUGUGACAUGUCGAGACUCAAAGAAAUCUCUGUCAACUUGUCGUAUAAUAAACUGCAGAACUUGGAUGUUUUCCGGUACUUGAUGGGUCCAUUCUUUGGCACCGGCUCAUUCCCUCGGUUACGUAAGUUUGGGUACACGUUUUCUCGAAUCGCCGCAACCCAAGCCUACAUGCUUGCCAACCGAGGAUCUAAUGUCGAUGUGUUUCCGAUUCAUCACGCGGAAAUCCCCGUCUAUCUUCUGAAACAGCUACAAGAGUUGGCAGUGCUGACUCCGUUCACCACCGCCGAGCGGUUCAUGGAGCGUGACUGGUAUUUCCAGCGAUGUCACCUUUCGGACUGUUCCCAUUGCAUGGCUCGCUUGCCUCAAUUCAUCGACUUUUUGAGCCACGUGGAUACGCUGAGUAUCUGCAGGCUUAUCGGAGAGCUUUUGGAUCAGUUGCGCUUGGUUGCCGUUUAUGAUUACCCCUUUGCAAGCCCACCGGACUGGAACAUUCCCGUGUUCAGCUACCGCAAUAUAAAGUACCGCGAGUUUGAAUUGCACGUCGAGUAUCAUAAACUGAGUGUGUGCUCCUGCGUAGGCUCCGAGUCAGAAGCGUUUAUCGGUUGGAUAAAGCACAAAUUGGUAGAAUACGCAAGGAAGGAGUAUUUCAGCAAGUUUCAUGCAUUGCAAGCAUUAAAGAUCGACGGAAUCCUCGUGCAAAAAGCGAGGGACAUGCUUGUGGUGUGA